AUUUCUUUCGCUAUAGUCGCCAUAGCAACAGAAAAUAAACAAUCGAUCGGCGAUAGAAACAAAAUAUUCGAUUUAACUUUGGAGAAAAAAUAAGUAAAUAAAUGGCUUCUUCGCUUAUCGAAUCUUUCUCGUUAGUAAAAUAUGACACUCCGAUCCUCAUUACGGAGAAAAGCGACGAUGUGACAAAAUUACAGCGAUCCAAAUCGGCUCCUGUUGGUCAUCCAACUACAGUUAAAAUCACCAAAGCUGAAAACAUAGAAGUGGAUAAAUCGGAAGUGUUAAAUAAAAUUCUUCAGCCUAGGAAAAUAGAAGAUAAUGGACAUAUAUUGAUUCAACAUGUCUCAAGUAGCCCAGCAACUACUGGAGAUGUUCUCAAUUUGCAAGAACAGCUAGAUCAAAAGUUGGUUCAACAACAAGCACGAGAAACUGGUAUUUGCAUGAUUAGAAGGAAAUUGUAUGACCAGUGCUUUGAUGAACUCAUUCGUCAAAUAACAAUCAAUUGUGCUGAGCGUGGAUUACUGUUGUUAAGAGUUCGGGAUGAAUUUCGCAUGACUUUAGCUGCUUGUGAAACACUUUACGAAAGUAGCAUAGCCUUUGGAGUACGCAAAGUAUUGCAGAGUAAGCAGAAUAAGUUGGAUACAGAAGUAGAAAUGGAAAAACUUAAAGAAGAAAUUGAAGAUUUAAAUCGUCAUAUAGCAGGACUCAAAGUAAAAUGUAGUGAUAUUGAAAAGAAUGUUAGAGAACAAGAAGAAGAAAAUGAAAAAAAAUUUUCAUCUGAAAUUCAGUCUUUAAAGAUAAAUAAUCAACAGCUAAAGAAUAAAUUAAAAGGAAUAAUUACAGCCAGAAAACACUAAUCUGUGUGUUUUCAUCCAUUUUAGAUGUAGUUGUUAAUAAGAUUUAUAUUUUUUAAUUUUUGUAAUAAGUUACAAUAAAUACAGAAGUGCUU